AGAUACAUAUCUGGGUAAUAAGUGUCAGCUCAACGUGAUUCAGAGAUGGUGAUCUAACUGGCUGCCGCUGACUCCUGUGACAGCCCUCUGAUUUACAGUAUAUGUAGUUUCCUUCCUGACUUUACGCUGCGUGUCUGCGCGCUCUUUGCCAAGAACAUAGUCUACUUGAGGGAGGCUGGCGAAUGAGGGAGUGAGGAGAGAUACUAAUUUUUUCCUCUGGUGCUGAGGGGGUCUCCUUCUCUAUAUAAGGCACUCUGGGCUGCUCAGGAGUCACACAGCUCCUAUGUGCUUCAGGAACACCGCCAACAAGCAGCAGCCUGGUCCUCUCACACGGGAAUAAUACAGCGCGCAGAGGAAACUGCUCCGAGGCAUCCAAGCCACUAGAUACUAACUGAGAAGAGAGAGGACUCACACACAAUCCUUCUGUAGUCUGAAAGUCCAGCCCAGACAGCUGAAGUGUCAGAAUGACCCUCGCUCCCACGACCUGGCUCUGUGUCCUCUCCGUCCUGCUGCUGUGCAUCAGGAACUCAGCUUCCCUCUUCCUCCCCGACUCCAAGGAGCUCAGGCAGCUGCUGAGCCGCUACGAGGACGAAGCAAAUCCGAUCGGUACCGGCAACACAGCUGGCAAUAGGACCCGACGAGCCAUCCGCUGGUCAGACCGAGAGGAGAUCAUCCAGUUGCACAACAAGCUGAGGGGCGGCGUCUACCCCACUGCCUCAAACAUGGAGUUCAUGGUUUGGGAUGACGAGUUAGAGCGCUCUGCCACCCAGUGGGCAGAGGAGUGUCAGUGGGACCACGGACCUCAGGACCUGCUCAUGUCUAUUGGACAAAACCUGGCGGUUCACUGGGGAAGAUACCGCUCUCCUGCCUUCCACGUCCAGGCCUGGUACGAUGAGGUGAAAGACUACACCUAUCCCUACCCCCAUGAGUGCAAUCCCUGGUGUCCAGAACGCUGCUCCGGGCCCAUGUGCACCCAUUACACCCAGAUGGUCUGGGCAACAACCAGCCGCGUGGGCUGUGCCGUGCACAUUUGUCCGAGGAUGGACGUGUGGGGAGAAAUAUGGGAGAAUGCUGUUUACCUUGUGUGCAACUAUUCCCCAAAGGGCAACUGGAUCGGUGAAGCUCCAUACCAGCAUGGCCGCCCUUGCUCCCAGUGCCCUCCCAGCUACGGAGGAGGAUGUAGGAAUAACCUGUGUUACAAAGACUCUCAGCGCUCUGAGACAGAGGACAUGAAUGAGGUGGAGAAGCCUCAGGUUCCACUACCACCUCGCACCACCGCCAAACCUGCCCCCAAACCUAAACCGUCUGCUCCAAAGAAACCAGUGUCCAAGCCCACCACACCCAAGACGCCAGCUUCAUCAGCUCCCAGCAACACCUAUCUCGCUCAGACCAUUAAGUGUGAGACUAGACUGCGAGAUAAAUGUAGAGGCGCAACCUGCAACAGAUAUAACUGUCCUGCUAAUUGUCUCAAUAAGAAAGGAAAAGUUUGGGGAACUCUUUUCUACGAUGUGCAAUCAAGUAUUUGCAGAGCUGCAAUACAUUUUGGUGUCAUUGACAACAACGGAGGACUGAUCGACAUCACAAGGAUGGACAAGUUUCCGUUCUUUGUCAAGUCCACAAAGAAUGGCAUCGAGGCCCUCAGUAAAUAUAAACCCAGCAAUGCCUUUGUGGUGGCCAAAGUGGAAGAAAUGACUGCCGACUGCUACACCACAGUGGCUGAAAUCUGCCCUUUCAAAAAGCCCGACUCACACUGUCCAAGAAUCUUCUGUCCAACCAACUGCAAGACUCAACCUUCUUACUGGUCACCUGUGAUCGGGAACAGCGUCUAUGCAGACAGCUCCAGUAUUUGCAAAGCAGCCAUCCAUGCAGGGGUAAUCAGUGCAGAUGGUGGUUUGGUGGAUGUUCUGCCACUAGACAAGAGAAAGAACUACGUUGGAGUCCUGAAAAAUGGCAUCCAGUCUGAGAGCAAGAGCAACACAGAGGGAGGCUCUUUCCGAGUAUUUGCCGUGAGGCAGUGAGGCUUCACUUCAGAAGUCCAAAGACCAACAGAGUCACCUCAGCUGCUCUUGAAGAGCAGGAAGUGCCCACAGGUUGGAUACCAUGGCUGACCAUCUGUCUCUGUUCCAGCAGAUUGAUGGAUGAGCUUUUCCUUCUUCAUUAAUAACAGUAGACACCCAGUAAAUUUCUUGGACUCCUUUUUUCUCAGCUUUUAACUCCAGACAUGGAUAUUUCUUAGCCAUACUUACUUAAUCUGUGACUAUGGAAUAUUUUUAAAAAUAUGUUAUGGAUUGAACAGCUGGUGCUGGACGUUUUGAGUUGUUUUACAGAAAGUAUUAUGUUUACAUUGAUGUUCUUAUUACAAAUUUCAAUUGGUUUUCAUACACAGGAAUGUAUACCGAUCACACUGUAUUUAAUCAUUAUGCUCAGAAUAUAUGAUAUUUUGUUUGUUUUAAAAAUGGAGUACCAUAUAUUAACACUUUUACGUUCAUACUGAUUUGUUUUUGUUGCCUUUCUGCUCACCUGGAUAGUCACUGCUUUUUGCUCUUGAAGAUUUAGACUGUGAAACUAAAUCUAAGUCUAAAUUUCACUUCUAAGUCAAAUGUUGUGCUCAUUCUGAGUGAGGAUGUUUUGAUGGCUGGGCGGAACAGAACUUGUCAGGCAGAAGAGGAGGGCAGAGGAAGAGAAGACACAGUGUGGUAAAUGGAAGUGUAUACAAGCAACAGGCACUGCUGUUGAUAGAAAAUGUUGUCCUUAAGGAGGCCGGUGUCGCUUCAGUGCCAGACGUUUAGAGAAGGUGUUAUGUUGCUAAGUUCGCUGUGUGCUAUGCGAUAGCUGGUGCAGAGGGGAUCCUCGGAAUGAUGCCAGUAAUAUUCAUAUUUAUUACAGCUCAGUGUUUUCCUGAUUUCCUUGUUUCUGUUGUUUCUGUAAAGUAUAUGAAAAUGCUUAAUUUGUCCCCUGCCCCCCUAAGACAGCUGAAUGUGGCACAUGUUUCAGGUGCUGAGAAAGUGUAGAGACUAGACCAUUUUCAGGGGUGUGUGAGUGUAUUCAAGGUUCUCAUGCUCGGAAUUAGACUUAUGACAUCAGACAUCAGGCCUAAGAACAACCUGUCCUAUGCAGUACAUGCAGGACACAGACUUUGCUGAAUACUUUUCUCACCGCAGUGCCUCAUUUUAUUGAAGUUUAGUUUGCUAUUUGAGUCUUUUUAUACUUCUCUAAAGCAUUUCUGCCAUGCUGCUUAAAUGCACAUAAAGAGUACAUUUUAACUUAGUUAGCAUUCCUCAUGGAAACUUAUGAAACAAAUGUAAAGUCCAGUUUGUGCUGCGGGACUGUAGUGUUCAGUUGGGGUCUGAAAUAACACGAGAUAAGUUAUAGUACCAUUAAGCCUUGUUGUUCUACCUUUUGAUUUCCUGGAUAAAACAGGCUAACUGAGCAUAAAACACAAGACUGUAAACCUGGCCAAGAAAAAAAUAACUCUUCCUUUAGGUAUAUGUCAACUUUAUCUCCAUAUUCUACCUCAGUCCUAUCGCUGCGCUAGGCAUUUAUGUCCUAUCUAUAUGGCAAUUUGUAUGGGAAAUGCAAAAGGUUUUGUAAAGUUAAGGGAACUGUAAAUAUUAUGAUUUUUUUGUUUUUGAAUAAUCCUUUAUGCGGUAAGAUAUUAUUAAAACGUGUGAAUUGUUGUAAUUGUCUCGUUUUUAUACAGGUGUAGGAUGGGUUAUAUAUUUUGCACAAUUUGAAAAUAAAGUAUGACUUACAAAGCAACAA